AAGUUUCAAGGUCGAUAGUGUUGACUACGCACAAGACACGAGCCUUGGCGACCAAGGCGAGCACAGCCACGGUGGGAACACCAGUGUGUCAUCUUAGCUCGAGGAGGACCUCCAUACUGCCCCCUCUCAUCUUCACCUCCCUCAUAACUGUUCCUGGUAGAAUGCCAAAUUGAUGUGAUUUUGCAAGCAAUCCAGUGACCUGAUAGUGGAUUAUAAUACCAAGGACUUCAGAUGAUUCCAUACCAGGUGACCUGACACUGGAUUACGGUUUAAUGUAGGUCGGGAAGCUUGGAGUACGCUACAGUGUUUGUAACGAUGGAACCCCGAAGGGGUCCCGUAAGCAGCAAUGUUCCAGGAGUUGCUCACAGUAUCAGAAUAGAAGGCUCUGGUGGUUUGUCCAGGAUCCCUGCAAGUUUGUCAGUACCCGUCGCUCCUUCCGCUAGUUCUGCCAUCAUGAGCUCCUUGGCCUCAUGCACAGCAGAUGGCCAUUAUGACCACUCCUUCAAUUCACUGUCAUCCCUCCAGAGCAUCACUCCUGACCUUCUGAACAAUGAACUACGAAGUGUGGAUUUGGGACCUCUUGAAAAGGAAUGCUUUAAACUUAUAAAUGAAAAAGAAGAGCUUCAGGUGAAAAAUGCUAGCGAGUUACUGAAAAAAAUGGGUUGUGCCCGGGAGAAGGACCUUCAGGUGAAAGUGGUUUCCAUAUUUGGUAACACUGGUGAAGGCAAGUCAUAUACCCUCAAUCAGAUAUUCUUCAAAGGUGCUGAAGUUUUCAAGACCAGUUCAAAUCAAACCUCGUGCACUCUGGGGGUGUGGGGAGCUUACAAUGCUACUAACAAAGCGCUAGUCUUGGACACAGAAGGCAUGCUUGGCAUUAGCAACAGUUCUAAACAACGGAAACGCCUCUUACUCAAGGUUCUUGCUGUGUCUGAUGUCAUCAUUUACCGGACACGCUCGGAAAGGCUCAACACUGAUAUGUACAAGUUUUUGGCAGAAGCCUCAAGAGCGUACACAAAGUACUUUCGUGCUGAUUUGGAAGCAGUAGCCCGUAAAGCCGAGUGUGACUGUGUCUUUGGUCCUCCUGUGUUUAUAUUUCAUGACACAAGACACACCAGUGUUCUCAUAGAAGAGGCGGGCCAAAAACCAGAAGAGCAGUUGAAAGAAAAUUUCACCAGACAAAACCUCAAAAUUGAUGGGUUUAACAGCUUACAUUAUAUUGGUGAAUGCAACAAUGGAAGUGAAACUGACUUCACGCGAAUUAGAAACGCUGUGAUUGAAGAACUACAGAACAAUGGUAUCCGAUCACCACGCCGACCUAAAAUUGUCCUUGAUAUGCUAGAAACUAUAAAUAGAAAAUUUAGUGGGCAGAUCCAGAGUAGCGAACCUGCAUUUCCAGAUGAAUACUUUACCUGCACAAGUGUUUGUGCAGCUUGUCAGGCCCGCUGCUGUCUCUUCAUGAAUCAUGCAACACAUGACGACGGCUCUAAGGACCAUGAAGCUGAACGCCAGUGUAAAUAUCACCAUCAGUUUGAGAACAAGGUGUUCCUGUGCCGGAAAUGUGACAGUGAAGGAGAGAGACGAAUUGUAGUCCCCAAGACUUCAUCGGCUAAAGACAAUACAUGGCUUGGCCUUGCUAAAUAUGCAUGGGCAGGAUAUGUGUUGGAGUGUGAGAAGUGUGGGAUAAUCUACCGAAGCCGUCAGUACUGGUAUGGAAACGAGUCUCCUGACAGAUGUGUGGUGAAAGAAGAGUAUCAGCAUGUGUGGUCUGGCACUAUCAUUGGAGGGGCAGCACAUGCUGGAAGACAGGUUCUGGAAGGUGUGGCGGCUCUGGGAUCGGCUCUAUCAACAAUAUCGGCUCCUCCAGCAAAAGUCGUUUCGUCCUGGCUCACAAACCAAGUUAAUCCAGCUUAUUGGACACCAAAUCAUUUGUGCACACAUUGUAAGAUGUGCAGAGAGCUUCUUGACACCAUUCACCAUUGUCGCAAGUGUGGUGAAGGGUUUUGUGAUAGCUGUUCAGAUGUCAAGAUGCCUGUGCCUGAAAUGGGAUGGGGCGAGGAGCCAGUGAGAGUGUGCAAAAAUUGCUUCAAAAAUGGAAAUGGCCAAAUUAUUGGAAAUGAAGAUAAUGAUUGUGCUACUGAUGAGAGAACAGUCCGUGCUCGGCAAGUUAGUGAAGUGAUCUCUGGAACAUUAGCUUCUGUGGCAAAGUAUCCAAUAGAAUUUCUAAAGGACAGUGCACGACCUUCGUAUUGGAUUCCAGAUGAAGUUAUAACAAAGUGUAUAGUGUGUGAGAAGGAAUUUGGACCAAGAUUAACCUUACAUCAUUGUCGGGCUUGUGGUCAAGGUGUGUGCAACAAAUGCUCUCCAAAUCUUAGGCCAGUUAAAGAACGUGGUUGGGACCAUCCAGUGCGGGUGUGUAAUAACUGCCUUAAGUAGUCAAAGGUUCGACGCUCUUAACCAUAUGUAAGUAAAAACUUCCUCUCCAAAUAUUGUAGGAAUACUGCUGCUACAGAAAACUGCCCUCAGGAAUGUACAUCAACUUUUUGAAACCUUGUUAACUUUUGGCCAUGUAAAUGUUAAUAGCUUAUGGGGACAGGAAGAUGCCUGUGAACAUAAUUUUGAAUUUAAAUUUUGAUAACUUUUUAUAAAAUAGUGUAAUACAAGGGUUUAAUUAAAUUUAGUCAAAGAAAAUUGUCAGAUUACAUUGCAUGGGUCUAGCGGUAAUGGACGUUAGUUUGGUAGGUGACAGUAUCAUUGUUCACACUUACAGGAAAUAGAAUGUUGAGCUGGUUUAUUAUACAGCCUCACUCUUCAGUCAUUGUACUGCUACUGUAUUUACAAACAUAACUUCUGUGAGAGCAAUAGUGUGAGUGUAUUUUUGAUCAAUAAUAAACUGUGAUGUAAUUAAGGCCUAGUGUACCAAGUAACACAUGCCUGCCAUAUUGGGCAAGUCUAAGGCAGCACUUGAGUUGAGGCUCUUUAAAAACUUUUCAACAAUGUGUAGUGAUCAAGUUUCUUUCUGUGCUGAGGUGUCAACUUCACAUGUUAAUUUAGUGGCAUUGUUCCGAGUGAAAACAAGAGCACAACAGGAUAAAGCUAGGGGUGUAGGGGAUAUUUGUGGAAUAUUAGCUUAAAAAUCCAGCAUUAAGUGUCAUUUUUUUUUUCUGAUCCAUUACCUCUAUUGCUACCUUAACCAUAGCCCAUAUGGUCCACUUAGAACACCACUCAUCGCUAGGAUCUCUGUGGCAAUACACCCCACCAUGGCAAGUGACUUCAAAUGGCGUGCCACGUAAUUUGUACAGGGAAAUAAUGAAGCACCCUUGAUCCCCUGCUGAUCAACUGAUCCACUAUCAAAUGGGGGAACUUAACCACAACACAGCAGUGACAAAGAGAAUAACCACAGGAAGGAAAUGAACCAGCACUGACAAACACAGGAACCAGCUGUCACACAGAAACCAGAGGAAUGUUAGCCUAGGGUGAGAGGGGAAAGGAAAUUAUUGGAUGAAAGUUCCAAGUCAUUACGACUUAAAAGGGAUAAGGAUUUGGGAUGGGAUGGGGAGAGGAAUGGUACCCAUCCACUUGGAUGAUUGGGGGUUGAAUGCUGACCUGCAUGAAGCGAGACUGUAUUUCUACUGUCCAGCCCAAGUGAUUAGAGGCACUGCCAAUAGAUAAGGCAUUGAAAGUGUGAUUUAGCAUCCUUAGGCCUGAAUAUCAGAAAAGGACAUGGCUGAAAAGAGGGCAUUGAGAAUGGGAAAUUUAUCAAGGUCAUUAGUAUGGAAACUGCCAUGCAGCUCUGUGCAUGGCAGUGCCACCUGGAAAGUCUUGAACAAUGGGGGUUUAAAAAUGCAUAUAAAUGCAUAUAAAAAUGCAGGGUUAAGUCUGGUGGUGAAUGGUGUUGGGUGAAACAUGCAGGAUACGGUUAAGAGAGCAACCAAAGUGCUAGAGCUUAGAAAAUAGCGGCAUCUCAACUCAGAUGGUAGAGAAAUAUACAACUUUUUAUUAAGAAAAAUUUCUGGAGAAACAGAAAAAUGGUGGACUAUACAUACAGAAAUAAUAUAAAUAAAAUUCCCCCCACCCCCCAAAAAAAUAAAGUAUCUUUCCUACUGAAAUUUUACAAAAGCACUGUGUACCUUUUUCUUACUUAUUGCUAUACUGUAUCUAUUUUGGGUUUUGUCUUUUAUCUGAUUAAAACAAUUGGGAAGGUGGUGAUUUUUAUAAUUUUUCAUAAAUGUAUGUAAUGUAGAAUUCCUGUAUAUUUUGUGAUUUAUUCCAUUAAGUUUUUAUGUAUUACUAUGCCUUUUAGGAAUUGCAUUAGGGGACAUUAGCUAAAUUCCCCAAAUUCUUGUACUUUGUUGUGAUGUUUCAUAUCCAUUGUUUUGGUAAAAAAAAAAAAUGCCUGUUGAUUACUGAAUAUGCAUAUAUUAUAUAUUUUAUUCACUUUUAUAAUUUUACUAAAUGCAGUAUUAUGAUUGUCGUGGCUUCUUAUUUACAUAAAUACAAUUACUAUACAGUAUUUUAUUAUUAAUCUUGUUUAAUGACACAACAUAAUGAUAGUUCAAAGAAUUUGCUUGAAAAAAUAAAACACAAUCAUCUACUGUUAAAACAAACCUUGAGCUGUGGUUUUAAUCAAAGUCAUAAAUCUUUAUUGGCAUGUUUGGGGAAAAUUAUGUAAAGUGGUCCUUAUAAAGGAAUGACUAUAUCUAAAAGAAUAUUGGAUGUUUUAUCUGUGUGUAACAUUGCCAUUAGAGCACCAUGUAACAAGUUACUAUUUAAGUGUAGUGAUAUUAUAUUAUUUUGAAGUAGUACAACCUUUUCACAGCCAAAUGGUCCCGGGUUAAAUUUCUGCACAGGAUGAAAUGUUUGGGUAUGUUCCCUUAAACUUAAUGCUUCUGUCCACCUUGCACCAAAUAGGUACACAGGAAUUAGGCCACUGAUGUAGAUUAUAUUUUGGGGGAAAGGAGAGUUGUUGGUUUAGGGAAAACCUCAAUAAACUUAACAGUCUUCCUGUUCCCAAUAAGGGAAAACCAUUUAGGCAUUACAUAUAAACAUGUAAGCCAAUUGAAUUCUGUGAUUGUGAAGGAGGUAUACCAUUGGCUAUGCCAGAAUGUUUCCUUAGAAACAAGGUAAGAAUAUGAGAAGUUGAUGGUCUUGCUGCACUGUUUACAAAAGUGUGCAUCACUGCCAUUCUUGGUACAGUGUGUGUGUGUAAUAUGAAGGCUGUAGACUCGUUGUAACAAUCUGGCAUAGGUUAGUCAUGAAUCAUUUAACUGAAUAUGCUCAAAUGUAUUGGUCUCUUUACAAAUUCCAUCAUCAUCAUUGAUUCAUUUUUCUUUGCAAUUUUAAGUAUUCUAUUACAUCUACUUUUAUAUGUUUUAACAGACUUUUAUUUACCUCAAUAAUUUUGUAAUGUUUGUUUUUAUACCAUUCACUUGUCUCUUACAAUAAAUGUCCUCAGUCAUAAUUGUUUGCUUUGUAAGUAAUGUUUCAGUUUCUCAUUAAUAAUUGUAUAAAUCACAAUAUUGACAUGCGAUGACCUGCAGUCAAUACAUUUUCUUGUUGCUAUAAGGCAUUUCCAAAAGAUGGGGCAGGGUUUAGUUGAUGAGAGAAAGGUUGACAUGGAGGAAUGUGAUGUGAUCUUAAGAUAGAAUGAAAGAAACCUCACACAGCUCUUUCCUGGAGAAUUGGAUGAAGUACAAGUAUGACAUUUAUGUGUAAAUUCAAUACAUUAUGUGGAGCUUCAGCUUGCAGAGAGUUUUAAAAGUUAAUAUGAGUUUGAACUACAGUAUAGUGAAAUUCACAGUUGUCUUUAUUUUAAUGUAAUCUACAUUCUCUUAAAUUUGAGUAAGGUUCUGCAUACACUCUUCAAUAAAUAUUUUAGCAAUUAAUCAACAUCAAAUCUAAUAUAGCAAAACCAAACUGAAAGAAUUAUAAAUACCUGUACCGUACAUGUAUAUGGUAGUGACACAUUUGCUGAAGAAUUAUAAUGCUUGAAGAUGAGCCCAUUGUAAUUUUGCCCCAAUUUUUGCCUUUCGUUUCUUUUUUUUUUUUUAUGUAAGAACACUUAUGAUGAAACAUUGGCAUAAUUCCAAUUUUUGUCCUUUCAUUCUCUUCCAUUGUCAAUACAGAAUAUGUUCAGCACAUUUGGUGGUCUAGAAGUGUGCCGUAAUUAUUGAUGUUAUCUGUGCCCGAGGAGAUGAAUAUACGUGCAGAUUCCUGUAACUUUCACCGUGUGUGACUUACCUGAAGGGACAUGCAACAAAAUUGACAGUGCAACAGGCAGGUUUUUUGGGACAACAAUUACCUACUUUGGUUUGGAUUACUAAUUAAACCAUAUCUAGCCCAAAACAUCACAUGGGUUUAAAUCAUGCCAUAAUAUUGAAGAAAAAUCCUUGAUAUCUUUUCACAUGGAAAAUAUAUAUAUAUACACAAGUGUCUAAUAUUUUCUUAAAUUCUUUUAAAGUUUGUAGUAGUUCUGGCAUAUGCUAUCUACUAUUUUGCAAUUUAUUCUUCCUCCAUCAUUUUUUCUGCAGUUUAUAAUGGUGGCUUCUUGCUCUUUCAGGUUUCAAGAACUCUUCACAGUUACCCUUUGCCUAUCUCUUCAUUAAUAAGGGACCAUCAUAUUUCCCACCCUGUUUUGUUUAACUUUGGACCACAUGUUGGCAGUGUUUUUGUAGCUGUGCCUCGUUCUUUCAGUCGCAGGCUGAAAGAACAAGUCCCUGUGCAGAAGAUGAGCCACAAUAAUGUGACUGAAGACAUGAUGACCAAACCACACAGCAGAUGGAGAAGCGACGAUGUUUCUGUCCGUCCUGUACCAUUAUCAAGUCAUGUGAUGACUUGAUGAUGGUCCAGGACGGACCGAAAUGUCGUUGCUUCUUUAUCUUCUAAUGUGUGGUUUGGUCAUCACUAGAACUCCCUGUGAUCAUGAUACAAGUUAAAGUAAAUGAAUUAGUUUUGUAAGUUAAUUGUAUGUACAUUUUUUUGUUGAGUAUGUCACCAUCUUUAAUUAUUGAUGUGUCUAGGAAAAGAAGGGAGUUCUCUCUUUUUGUUCAAUAUAAAUUAUAUUGCAGAUUCUUCUUUAAAGUCUUUCGGGCUUGGUGCAUUAUUUUGAAGAUUUCUUCAUCGAACCUGUUCCUUAAUUUACUUGGGUUGAAAUGGUAUGGUGUGUUCAAAACACUCGGGAUAGAAAAGCAUUUUUCUGCACUGGGAUUGAUAACUUUUACAGUAUAUAGCGAGCGAAACCUGUAUGUGUUCUGUCAAUGACACUUGUAUCACACAGGCACACACAGAUUAAGAACUCGUACAUUUAGGGAAUGCUAAACUCAUGAUCAUGGAAGAAAAUGACAGAAGAAAGUGCGAAGAAUCUGCAGUUAUCAAAUGCUACAAUAACCAUUGAACAGAAUCAAAGAAAUUUCAGCAUUUCAUUGCCACUUAAUAAAUUACUACUCGAAAAAUAUGUUUUCUAAAAUACUUAAUUCAUCACACAUGGCCUCACCCCCACCUUCACUUCGCUUUGUCCUUUUCCCUUUAUAAGCAGCUAACUCUGUCUCUCUCUCUCUCUCUCUCUUAUAUGAACAUAAUAAGGUCCUUGUAUGUGAAGCAUUUUACACUACUGUUCUUAAUUAUAUGCACUUACCUGUCGGUGAUUAUGGAGAAUUGAGGUCUAACCUUGUUGUACCUGUUGCAUUAUAAUUUAAUUAUUCUGAUAUUCAAAUUCUUUGUCGAAUCUGGCCUUAAAGUUGUGGAUGGAGAUGGCUUACUCAAAUUCUUCUUUCAAUGUAUUGCAUUUGUUUCCCAUUUACAGGGUUUGAGAACUUCCUUAUUUUCUUUAAGCUGAUUUCUUCAUCUCAUUUGUGUUUCCAGCUUCCACUUAUGUCCUGUCAUCCUUCUUUCUCUCAAUUUAAAAGAGGCUGUCAUUGUCUAAUUUGUUAAUUCCCCUCAGUAUCUUUAUGUUGCAAUCAUGCUCACCCCCCUGCCUUCCUCUGUUUUUUUUUCUCCUCCAGCAUUGCAAGGUCUAGUUCCUUUAACCUACUGAUUCGUCAGAACUGAUUCAUCAGUUCUCUUAGUUCUGGCACUAAGCUUGUUGCAAAUUUUUGUACUUUUUCAGUUUGUUUUAUGCUUCACAAGGUGCAGAUUGCAGGAUGGUGCUGCAUAUUUCAAUAUUGGUCUAACAAAAGCUAUGUAGAUUGCACUGAAAGAGCCUUGGUUUAGGUUUCUAAUCAACAUUCUAAUCUUUGUCAGCAUACUAUAUGCUGCUGAUGUUAUGCUGUUUGUGUCUGGAGAGUACUACUGUAUAUCCACUCCCAAAUCCUUUUCUCUCUCUCUCCAACUCCUGUAGUUGCCUGCGCCUUAUGGUGCAGAUACCUUUCCCAUCUUUGUUAUCUUACGCUUUUUGGGAUUCAAUUCUAACAACCAUUUGUUUGCCCACUCCUGUAGUUUGUCAAGGUCAUCCUGUAACCUUCUGCUGUUUUUUGUUUUUACAUUCCUUAUUAGCUUUGCAUCGUCUGUAAACACUGACGUGUACAAGCUCGCUUAUUUUGGUAGGUCAUUCACAUAAAUUAAGAACAGCAGGGGUCCCAGGACCGAUCCUUAUGAAACUCUACAUGUUACGUUCCUCCAACUAGAAGCCUCAUUUGGGUAAGGUAGUCACCUACUCAGUUCAGUGUCUCCCUAGUUAUCCCUGUUUGCUUCUCCAUUUUGAACUCGUCUUUCAUAACACACAUCGUAUACUUUUUGACAAUCUAGUAAAAUACAAUUUACCUAGCCUUCUUUUUCCUGUCAUAUUUUAGCAAUCUUGUCAUAGAACUUGAUCAAGUUUGUCAGGCAUGACUUUUCCCUUCUAAAUCCAUGCUGCCUGUUUGUUUCAAACGUUUAUUUUCAAUUGCUCAACCUGAUUCAUUUUUCCAACAUUUUACAAUGAAUACUUGUCAGUGACACUGGCCUUUAUUUAGUGCGUCUGUCUUUUUUUUUUUUUUUAUAUACAUAUUUUUUUUUUGCCUUUUCCCCAAAUACCAGGAGGUUUCCAGUCAAAUGUUUUAAUGAAGACUUUGGUUAGCAGGAGACGAAGUGCCUCUGCAGUCUCCUGUAAUAAUCGUGAUAUUAAUGUUGACCAAACCACAACUCAGAUGAUGGAGAAGCGACGAUGUUUAGGUUUGUCCUGGACCAUUAAGAAGUCUGAUGCUAUUGAUUUUGUUGCAUAUUAUUCCUCCAGGUGUGUUUUACCCUCUUUCACUGUGACUAUUAUGUCAUCCCCAGUGUUACCUGUGGCCUGCCAUCUCUUAACUCUGGUCUCCACGCUGGUUCUUUUGUUAAGACCUGAAAUCUUUUUCUCCAAUUCUUCACAUCCCUUAUUGUUGUUUUCUGUGAAAAUUCCAGCUUGUGCUGUAGACUGUUGCUUUUCAUGAUUAUGCUCUCAUGGUCAAGGAAAUUUGCCUUAUGUGAUGAAGAUAUUGUCAUUUGGAGGAAAAAUUCCCAUCCAGAUUUUAUAAAGUAUUUGUUCUUUGGUGAAUUAUUAGAUAUGUACUCUUAUAGUUUAAAUUGUGUAAAUUAUAUUUUCAGAUGAUGGCAUUUCAGCAUAUUAAUAAUAAUAAUAAUAAUAAUAAUAAUAAUAAUAAUAAUAAUAAUGAUUAUUUACAAGAAGGUACAAUGGGUUGGUGAGAUUACGUAAGAUUGGUAUUUGUACAUUCUUGCAAAGCUACUAACUCGUAUAGCAUUUCGGGCAGAGUUAAUGGUGUGUGUUAUUAGGGCACAAUGUUUAUUAUCUCAUAAAUAUACUUGGGGCCAAUUUUCAGAUAGUAGAAUGAAAUGGACUGCAAAACAUUAAGUAUGAAUAUAUGUACACCUUUUUGGAUAGUGGACCUAGAUUAUAUAGUACAAAUAUUAAUUUAUUUUGCCCUUCAUACACUGUCAUUUAAGAACCAUUUUUCACGAAACAAAGAUUUGUAAAGUGAAUGUAAUUUUGCAAUUGGAAUUUCACUGGUGUUUUAUUGUAGAACUUCAGUGUGGAACUAUUUAAUAAAGUACACAAAACUUUUCAUGCACAUAAUUUAUGAAAAGGCAAAACUGCAGUUUUACAUGUUAUUCUCAGAUGAAUUUUGUGAUAACUUUAAGCUUCACUUGGCAUUGUUUAAUGACAACCUUGAAUUAUCUUUUACUUAUUAUUGUUGUAAACUCGGUUAUCUGUAUACAGUACAGUAUUUCGAUGUUUAAUAGUUGAAACAUUUAUGCAAUUUGCAGUAAAUCUAAGUUUGUUUAAUUUCACUUUUGUGUUGGAAAGACAUUAGUAGUGUAUUAAGAUGUUCAGUGUUUGAUUGAUAUUUCAUUUGGAAUUACAUUUUCAUGUACAUACUGGAAAACAUACCUUGGUGAUUUCUUUAUUUUCAAAUUGUAUACAUUGUCAUCAUUGUACAGCGGUACAAAACCACGACUCGUGUUUCCUUGGCUUUUUAAUUAAAAAUAAAGACAAAUAAUAUUAAUGCAAUAAAUGCUAUAAAUAUUUAUGCACUGUGGAAGCAGUAACAUACAUGUACAAGUAUAUACACUAAUAAAGCUAUAAUGGAACUGUA